AUGAUUCGAGCACUCGGCGGCCCUUCGUCGACGAUGGACUCGACCCCGACAUCCGCCAUCAAGCUCAACCCGGAGAAGCCCCUGGACUUCUUGUGGCACGAAGCACGGGCAAUCUUCCUGACCUCGCUCACACAGCGCGAUGCCAAGAAGGCGGCAUUGCGCGACGACACCAGUCUCGAUGAGACGGUCAAGUCGCUCCGCCAGGCACAGGAGAAGGUGGCCGCCGCAUACGGCAGCAAAUUCGUCGGCAAGCCCGUCGAGUUCAAGCUGGGCCGCGUGCUGCAGCGCCUCGAGUACCUGCUGCACAUUGGCGAUGAGGCGCUGCGCUACGCGCCCGAGACGGCGUCCUAUGUCUGGUCUGCCUUCCGCAUGAUCUUUGCAGGCUUCCUCAAGGACUUUGAGACAUGUCUUUUCUUGACGGAUGCGAUCGACACGAUCUCGGACAUCGUGUUCGUGUGCGAGAUCUAUGCGAAGCGCCAGCUGAAGAAGUUGCCUGUCUUCAGCGAAGAGGCACAGCUACUUGCGGACAAGAUUCUCCAGAAGAUCCCAGCCCUGCUUGGACUCGUCUUGAGGUUUGCAUAUGAGACCAGGAGACUAGUACUUGGCCACUCAAGCAUCAAGCGCACGCUUUCGGUGGUAUUUGGAGGCUCAGAGGAAUUGACGGAGAUCUUCAACGAUGCCAAAAUGAAGCGUGAUGAGCUCCACAAAGUCGCAGAUAUUGCCUUUCACGAGGCUGCCUUGGAUAUACUCAUGGAAACGCAAGAGGACUCCAAAGCAGUGCUCAAGUUUCUCCAGACAGCCGACGAGGAGCUUGUACCAGCAGUCAAGGCGAUCCAGAGCGAGCAGCUGAAACAAAAGGAAGCCCAGGAGCGCAAGGAUCUCGACAAAGAAUUCAGCGACCAGAUGAAAUGGCUUAGGUCUGGUACUUCCGCAGAGCUUGAUCUGCCAGAAAAGUUUUUUAGGGACAACAUUGAUCGUAGACAUCCGGGAACCUGUAAAUGGAUCCGAGAAGAUGAGCUAUUCAGACACUGGCUUGGAGAUCUUGAUGACCAGACACCGGAUCGUCUCCUCUGGGUGAUGGGCGAGGCUGGCUACGGUAAAUCCGUGCUCGUUUCCUCUGUUGUGGAAUGGCUUGAAGAUCAGGAACCAGAGCAAGGAAAAGACCGACCUAUCAUACUUAAGUUCUUUUGCAAGACUGGCAACGAUGCAACCCAACGUGGAAACAGAAUCAUGCUUCACUUUCUUCUGCAGUUGCUCAACGAAGCUGGCAAGGAACCAGUCAAAAAGAGCAAGUCGAGUGAUGACAAGGCUUUCCAAAGUCGAAAGAAAAGAUGUGUCGAGUAUAUCAAAGAAGCGCGAACUAACAGCAAGGAAUCUAUGACUAUCACUUUCAAAGAUUUCCAAGCGAAAUCGGGCAUGCAACCACUUCUGAUUGCUCUCGCCAAGGCCCUCGAGAAGCGUGUUUACGUGAUUUUGGACGCGCUGGACGAGUGCAACGAUUGGAGUGACGGUCUUCUAGACGCUCUUUUGCAGAUAGCUGAUACCAAUGCUAACAUCCGGGUUCUUAUCUCAAGUAGACCAGAGGAAGAAAUCCGGGAUGCUCUUCACGGGUAUCCAUUCAUUGAUGUCACGAAAGUCAGCACUGCUAAGGAUGUGGAGUCGUAUAUUUCAGGGUCAUUGAAGCAGAUCAAACGCUUCAAAAAAGACCAGCGAAGUAUUGCAAGCACUACUAUUGCCACGAAAUCAGAUGGAAUGUUUAGAUAUGCGAACCUGGCCGUUGAGAGUUUGAAACGACCAAAAGCUGUUAUGACAUCAUUCAAGAAGCUUAUGGAUGAGUUUCCUGACGGAAUGGCCGGUCUAUAUAGACAAGAACUCCAAACCCUGCAUCCAGAUAGUCGGCACAUCCUUCUGGUCGCUCUCAGAUGGAUGGUCUGUGGUGAAGGCCGUAUCUCGGCUGGCCCAAUAGCGGAUGAGCUUGAACACACAUUCUUGGAUGAAGAUGACUUAGAUGAGGAGGAAGAGACGGCGAGCCAGGAGGUUACUGAUCAAUCUGACGACGAGUCCGACGACAGUAGUUCUGCAAGCAGUGGUGAUGAAAACGAGUCUGUCAAGGAAACCAAUGCGGGAGCGACUGAAGAGCGUAAAGAAGACGGAGAUGAGGACGAGAACAAAAAUGGCCAAGCGGAGAUCGCAGAAAAUAAUGCACAUGACAACACCUCUCAAGGCGGGACUAAUAUUAGUGAUGACGAAGACGAGGGCAGCCGAGAGUCCAUCAACAUCCUAAAGAAUGUGAGCCGGAACUUCCUCAAAUUCGACAAAGAGGACCAUAUAUCGCUUCAGCAUGCAUCGGCGAACCUGUCCAAUCUGAAGAGCAACCAGAUGCGGAUCACUCCGACACUGAGUCAAUUCAGUAUGCCCCGACCGACGCAGGAUCAGUAG